AUGGGCUCCACUGCGCGUUCCCGGCCCAUGUCACCGGGCAGCUCGCACUUAAUCGAUCCCAUGAGAGCUUCGACAGGCACAGUCCCGCUCAGUUCCUCCUACGACCCCUAUGACUCUUCCGCCGGCCACCCGAUGUACGCAGGUUAUCGCUCCGACGUCCCCUACUUGCCUUCGUACGAUCCUCGAUAUAACGUUCCUCCACGAUUAGAAGCGCACGCAGUUUCCCAACAAGCUUAUCGGGAUCAUGGUAAACCUUCCAAGUUGAGAACCGAAUACACCAUUCGACCCAGACAACGAAGCAGUACAGCAUCUGCUGCAGAUCCUCGGGGCAUGCUCGAAGUGCCUUCUACUUCCCCAAUCUCUCGACAUUCGCCUGUGAUAUUUUCUGAUUAUGGUCGCACUCCGAGCCCUCUUACAGAUCAAGACGGCUACCUUAUGCCGUCAUCAUCCAAAGGACAUAGACGCCAUCGUUACUCCUCAUCUUUCGACUACGCUAGUGAUACCGGGCGCCACCCAACUUCUCGUACGCCCUAUGGCGCAUACCCGGUGUAUGAGCACGGUAGUCGGCGGCGGUACCCCCAGAAUGGAGGCCUCCGAAAGGGCGAGGAUAUUGACAACUAUGAUGCCUACUCCUACACCAACCCGCGCGAGCAAUUCGAGAAAGAAGCUGCUGCUAAAUUACAAUAUCACCGAAAUGCGAGAAAAGAGCGACCGUUGAGCUUAACGGGGAUUGAUGAUACACACCUAACAGCACGGAAAGAACCGCGAGCUCUAGGGCCCCCUCCGUCGCAUCGAGGGUUCUCAAAGUUGACCCGAGAUGAACUGCGCCGAUCAACAUUCGGCCCCGGUAACGGUGAGCUCGAUCUGCCAGGUGCGCGGCACAGCACGUCGUCACGCGCAGUCGCCCUACAUCAGGACCAUGGCGAAGGCUAUUCUUCGCAUAAAGACGAUUACAAUGACACCCGUCCCGCCCCCCGUGAACAUAAACGCCCCGACCGCGAUACGCAUGGCCGAGAUCAUGAUAGCCAUGGACCGACCAAGUCUUCCAACAAGUUAUCUGCUCCUUCAGUAUCCAGCAGCGGCCUUGGAACAGCCGUUCUCGCUAGUGGGUACUCGGAUGAUGUCGACUAUAACCUUGCUUCCCGUUCUGAUGGCCAUCGGUCGCGAGAUCGACCACAUCGUGAGCACACCCGGCCAAGAAGACAUUCGAGGCGGCGCAGGGAGAGUGACUCCGACGCAUACACUUCGGAUGACGACCUCGAGAAGUACAGACGAGAGCCAUCUAUGCGUCCAAGAAUAGACGACUCGGACAGCUCGAAAGAGAACGACCAUCCGCACCGUCGCCGUCACCGUUCCCGCUCCCGCCGACACGAUCGACUGCAUUCAGAUACAAAGUUAGAACAGAAGCUCGAGCUCGCUCAAACCAAGGAAUCCGACGCGCCACCCAAGGGAAUUCUGAAACCACCACGCGACAAAUUUCCAGAGGAACCGAACCCUGUCCGAGAAGGCGUCGCGCCAUUGAAGGACGCCCAUAAGAAGGGCAUACCCCCUGGGGCUCGCUGGACCAAGAUUGACCGUCGCCUUGUAAACCCGGCUGCACUGGAAGCAGGUCAAGAGCGGUUUGAAGAACGAUCCGACUACGUCAUUGUGUUGCGGGUGCUGUCAAAGGAGGAAAUCCAGACUUACGCUGUCAAGACGCAAGAAAUUCGAGAUGCCAAAUAUCGAGAGUACACUCGAGAGCGCCGCCGUCAGCGAGAAGAAGACCGCCGACGCGGCCGCCCGGUAGAUGACUUUUCCAGCGAUGACGAGGAUGACAGCGACAACGACUCUCCUCUUGCAAUCGAGGGCCCGGGUGAGUCGAAGUCUGCGCCAAAGAAUUCGGCACCAAAACCCGAGGGUGCAAGGCCAGCGUAG